CCACGUUCCCGCGUGGAGCCGACCCCCGGCGGAAGCGGAAGCGCUGAGCCGGAAGUGCCGGGGGCUCUCGGUGCUGGGUUACCGCGAUGUUCCGCGCCGCUGUGGACAUCCAGCCCGCCUGCCUCGGGCUGUACUGCGGCAGGACCGUGCUGUCUGUGAACGGCUCCGUGGAGACCUACGGGGACUGCGGGGUGUGUCCUAGAGGCCAAAGAACCGAUGACAACAAAAUCUGCCGGGAAUGUAUGGGAUCUCCGGACCGCUAUGACUGGCUGUACCUCGGCUUCAUGGCCAUGCUGCCCCUGGUUUUACACUGGUUCUUUAUUGAGUGGUAUUCUGGAAAGAAGAGUUCCAGCGCCGUGCUGCAGCACCUGACGGCGCUGCUGGAGUGCGGCGUGGCGGCCGUGCUGACGCUGCUGGUCAGCGACCCCGUGGGCUCCCUGCACAUCCGCUCCUGCAGGGUGAAGAAGCUCUCGGACUGGUACACGAUGCUCUACAACCCCAGCCCCGACUACAUCACCACAGUGCACUGCACCCACGAGGCCGUGUACCCCCUGUACACCAUUGUGUUUAUCUAUUACGCUUUCUGUCUCGUGUUGAUGAUGCUGCUUCGGCCUCUCCUGGUUAAGAAGAUUGCCUGUGGUUUGGGAAGGUCUGACCGAUUUAAAAGCAUUUAUGCAGCACUCUACUUCUUCCCCAUCCUCACCGUGCUGCAGGCUGUGGGAGGAGGCCUCCUCUAUUAUGCCUUCCCAUACAUCAUCCUGGUGCUGUCUUUGGUUACACUGGCUGUGUACAUGUCUGCUUCUGAAGUGGAGUUUUUCAAGGAUCUGCUUGUGAGGAAGAAAAGGCUCGUUGUCCUCUUCAGCCACUGGUUACUUCAUGCCUAUGGAAUCAUCUCCAUUUCCAAACUGGAUAAGCUUGAGCAAGACCUGCCUUUGCUUGCCUUGGUACCUGCCCCUGCCCUUUUCUACUUGAUGACAGCGAAGUACACAGAGCCCUCACGCAUCCUCUCUGAAGGUGGGAAUGGACAUUAAAAGGAGCCUGUGCCAACAACUCUGACCCAGUGAUCUGGAUGAAGCAAUUUUAGUGCUUGUCAUGCUUUGGAAACUUCUGUUUUCAAAGAAGUUGUUUAUGUGCCAGAGUUCUGGUGAAACACCUCUGGGUGAGACUGUAUAAUAUUAAAAAGCUGCACUUUGUAUUCUUCCUAUCUGGUAUAGAUCGAAAGCAAUGUCUUUUUAUCUAUUUAUCACUGUGAAUCUGUAUAAAAAGCUUGGGACACAUCCUAGUACAAUGGUUUGCUUGUGUAUUGUUCAUUUCCUAACAUGAUAUUUGAAUAAAACAAUAGAGCCUGGUUUUCAGUAGGCUUUAAUAAAAAAAAAAAAUAGAGCUUGAAUAUACCAGAGAACUUGAUUUUCUCAUCACAUACUCUAGCUUCUAUCCCCCAGCAGUGGAAACAGACUGUCUUUUCCCUUCCAUCAAAAGAUAAAACAUGUACAUGAUUCCUCAUGAUGUUUGAGUCUGACUGCUGGGUAAAAGGAGAAGAAAUGCACUGUAAAAUUCUCUAGAAGGUAGAGUUUAUGCUCUGUGUGCUUCAUGUAUGGAGACCUUCCUGGAGAGCAUUAGAUUGGUAAGAUUAAAGAUUUUCUUUUCUUGGUAGUUGGGUUAGUAUUGGUCACCAUAACUUGGUGCUGCAGAGGGGUCUAGAAGAAGAUGCAGAGCAGUGCUGAAGGGCCAAAACCAGAACCAAGAGUAAGAAGAUCCUCUCAAAUUAAACUGCACUGUCUGGAUCAUUGACUGUAACAGUGCAUAUUUCUAUGUAUGUGUCACUAUAAUGCUUUUUUUGUUCUGUCACUUACCAGUGCUGCUAAGGACAGAAGGUGUCAUCUCAGCCAGGUUGCCUCAAGCUGUCACUCUCCUCCACAGCAGGUUUGAUUUUGUUAUUUUUUUUACUUCCUGAAAGCUUUGUGUGAGUUUUUGUUCUUAAUGUGAAAUGGCAGUUGACAGGUUCACUGCACCUAAAAAUUGUGUGUAAACAAACUCGGUCUUGCAUGCAGAAGCAAGGUUUUAUUUAGGGAUUAAGGAAGUAAUUGAUCUUCUUAAAUCAAAUGCUGUCUGUACUGCUACGUACAAUAUCUGAUUUGCAAACACUAAUCUAGAGGAGAGUUUGAAAAGUAUGGAAUUAAAAUUCAUGUUAAAAUACCA